AUGUCGGGCCUAUCGAUGAUCAGGAAAUUUCGUUUGUUCCGGGGGAAUAGUUUAUCCAAUUUUUUCCAACGGGGAAGAAGCAGGAAAUUCGGGGGAGGAAAGGGAGUGAAGGUCUUGGGGAUCGAGACGAGCUGUGAUGACACUGGAGUUGCUAUUGUUGAUGACAGUGGAAGGAUUCUGGGAGAGGCAUUGCACUCUCAACAAUCGACACAUUUGCAAUAUGGAGGUAUCAUACCACCGGUGGCACGUGACCUCCACCGAAAAAACAUCACUGACGUUUGUGAGAAAGCCCUGAGACAAGCGAACUUGAGGGUUCGAGAUGUCGAUGCUAUCGCGGUGACUGUCAAGCCUGGUUUGGCCUUGUCCUUGAUGAUUGGACGAAACUUUGGGCAGUACCUUUCGAAGAUAGGGAAUAAACCUUUCAUCCCUGUUCACCACAUGGAGGCACAUGCCCUGACUGCUAGGAUGUCUGAACAGGUAGACUUCCCGUUUUUGGUGCUUCUGAUCUCCGGUGGACACUGCUUGCUAGCUCUUGUCAAAGAUGUAGCCGAUUUUUACCUUUUGGGGACUAGUGUGGAUGAUGCUCCUGGUGAAGCUCUGGACAAGAUCGCCAGAAGAUUGAAAAUAAGGAAUAUCCCUGAUUACGCCGACAUAAACGGUGGAGCUGCGAUAGAACUGGCGGCGAGCAGAGCCACGAACCCUUUUCAGUUCGAGUUUCCAGUGCUAAUGUCUCACUACCGAGACUGUAACUUCAGCUUCGCUGGGCUGAAGAAUUCUGCAGCUUCUACGAUACAGAAACUGGAGAGGGAUUAUGAUAUUGUCGGCGACAGAAUCAUUCCGGAUCUGGAGAAUUUUUGCGCUUCAGUCCAGUUGUGCAUCGCCAAACACAUUGGACAUAGGACCAAGAGAGCUAUGAUGUUCUUGGAUAGGAGAGAAUUGCUUCCCCAGGACAAAAAAACUUUGGUUGUCUCAGGGGGUGUCGCCUGCAACAAUUUCAUAGCAAAAAGUCUCGAAAUAAUCUGCAAUGAGAUGGAAUAUCGCUUCGUGCGUCCUCCACGAAAAUUGUGUAUGGACAAUGGGACUAUGAUCGCCUGGAAUGGAAUUGAACGGUGGAAUGCUAAUGUGGGUGUUCUCAGGGACGCUGUUGAAAUAGAACAAGUUGAGUUCCAGUGCAGGGCAGCUCUGGGCACAGACUGGACGAACCUUGUUCGAGAGGAAAGUAUUCCCUGCAAAACGGUCAAGUCCAGGGAAUUAUACCCUCGAUGA